UUUUAAUCUCAACGUUUAUUAUGAACAUGAUUGCUUUUCUUUCCUCUGUUUGUUCAGACUCUCCAUUGGGAAAAAAAAUCUGCAGAUUCUGAACAUCCUUUCAAACAGACGAUAAGAAACAACGUAUACACCAAAUACUGGUUUAUUAAAUACAUUGAGCAUUACUAUGAAAUUCCUACCUGUGCUACUUCUACUAUGGGCUUUUCCUCCUUCAGUUGCAGCAGGCCGACUGAGAGAAUUCCAUUUAACAGAAACAAAAUUACCUCUAACUGAAGCUCGAGAAUCAUGCAAACAAAACUACACUGACCUUGUCACAGUUUAUGAUGAACAAGACAACAUGGAACUAACUAAAAUACUCAAAGAAAAAAAUACAAAUAGCGCCUGGAUUGGUGCCUAUCUACAUAAAACUAACACAACUGUGAAGUGGUCAAAUGGUGAUAAAGUCACAUUCAGAAAUAUAACAGGGAUCUUCAGUAAUACAGGCUGUUUUACUAUGAAAAAUGAUGGAGCAUGGGAUUAUCUCAGUUGUGGUACACAAAAAUACUUUAUGUGUUAUUAUCAAGGUGUCAGUCAAGCAUCACGCACCUAUAAGUUAAUCCUGGAAAACAAAUCCUGGUCUGAUGCUCAGCGGUACUGUAGAGAGAAUUACACUGAUUUAGUCAGUAUCAGAGAUGAGACAGAGAAUAAUCAGGUUAUGGAAGCAGGAAAACAGAGUAACACUCCUUUCUGGAUUGGUCUCUUUAUUGACAAUGUGGAAUGGAGUGAUGGAGGACAAUCUGCUUACAGAAACUACAACGAACAAAACACUUCUCCUGAAAACGGCAAAUAUUUUACAUUUCUCUUUUUUGAUGGAAGCUGGAUGAAAGAAAAUAGCCAACAUUAUUUUGCUCUAUGUUACAAAAGCCACAUUCAUGUCAGUCAUGAUAAAAUGUCCUGGGAGGAGGCUCUGGGUUACUGCAAUAACAAUCCGAAUACUUCUGGACUCCUGCGCAUCGAGUCUGAGGAUGAUCAGAUAGAAACGGAGCGAGAGCUGCGAAGACGACAAGGUAUUUCUGGUACAGUGUGGGUGGGGCUUAGACAGAGUCGACUCUUUGGAUUCUGGAUUUGGUCCAAUGGGCUUCAUGUGGGACCCUGGACCAACUGGAAAGGAGGAAGUCAAUCAGAACAUCAGAUGUUCCAACACUGUGGGGCCAUAGAGAUGAACGGUGAAUUCAAAUGGACUGAUAAAGACUGCGGAUCGAAAUUUACUGUUUUAUGCGAGGGGAAGUAAUAUACAGAACCAGUAAAAAGUUUGGGCACACUUGAUUUGAAUUUGUUUCUCAUGAAAAUCUAAAUGCUGAUCUAAAGGAUUACAUAAAUGCUUAAAAUUUGUUUGUAGACAAGUGUACAGUACAGUACAACUGUUUUACUGCAUAUUGGACGCACAUCCACCUUUGAAUGGAUUCAUAAUUUAUUAAUAGACAGCCAUUGUGAAGUUUUUAUUCAAUGCCACUGGUUGCUUCAUGAAUUUGUGUCAAUUAGUUAAAUAAAAUUCAGAAUAACAGGCAGUUUUUGCAAUUCUAAAUUCAAAAGCACUGCAUACAUUAUACAGCAUGCAUACACAUGCUCAUGAAAUGGUGCAUGGUGGUGAUAUUUCAAGGAAAAAUGAAAAAUACCAGCAACCUUCUGCAUACAGUGGCUCAAAAAAAAAAUUUUAAGCUUGAGAUGUGUACUUGUGUUAUCCUUCUUUAAUGGAAAUGUUUGAUAUUUUCUUUUUUAAUGCAAUAUAACUCACUUACAUUUGCCAAGUUGCCAACCACAGGGUGACCAGCAAUUGACCCUUGGUGAACUUAUUCUACGUGUGACAUUAAUUAUGGACAUUGUGGGAAAAAUGCAGUUCUAUAGACAUUAACGCAUUUUCCACAUACAGUACUUCAGGAGGGUGAACAU